UCAGGUGGACUCUUGGUUGCUCUUGGUUUCGUCCUUGAUAUUGACGUUGAGCUUAAAAAAUUUUUCCAAAAUUCAACUGUUAUUUAUUAUAGAAGGUUAAAAUAAAAUUCAUUAUCAAUAGGUUAUUGUCAUCAUCAACAUCAGCAGAUAAUUUUAGAUUUAUAUUUACCCAGAGUAUACUAUUAUAACUUGAUAAUAAAAUACACAUUAUUUAGUGCAAGAGCUAUCACUAAAAUUGGAAAGACAUUUCCAAAUCAAACUCUGAGAUAAUUGACAUUUAAAAAAAUGCCAAGUAAAAUAUACUUCACUAGAAACAAAAGAACACAAUCACACAACGUAACUUAUGAAAUAAUAUCAGACCCAUCAACAGAACUGGCCCAGGUAAAUAUGAGAGUAACUAGCUCAAAUCCGGAUGCCAGUAAUCAACAAGAAGAACAACAACAAUUUCAACGUUUAAAAGUUGAAGAUGCAUUGCUAUAUCUUGAUCAAGUUAAGCUUAAAUUUAGUGAUCAACCACAAGUAUAUGAUGCUUUUCUUGAUAUUAUGAAAGAAUUUAAAUCACAAAGUAUCGAUACACCUGGUGUUAUAACAAGAGUUAGCUAUUUGUUUAAAGGCCAUCCAGAAUUGAUUGUUGGUUUUAAUACAUUUUUACCACCAGGUUAUAAAAUUGAAGUACAAACUAAUGAACAGGGUUAUGCUUAUCAAGUAUCAGUCAGUAUACCAAGUGAACAAUCAACACAUUGUACAGUUGAUGCUGGUUCACCACCAAUUGCAUCACCACCAAAUCAACCACCAUCUGUUCAUCCAUCAUCAGCUGGGCCUUUACCAUCAUUUAAUAAUUCAGCUCAAGCACAAGCAGCUGUUAAUCAAGCACAAGCUGGUGCAUCAUCUAAUGCUGGAACAUCACAAAAUCAACCAGUUGAAUUUGAUGAUGCUAUUAAUUAUGUUAAUAAAAUUAAAAAUACAUUUCAAGGACAACUAGAUAAGUACAAAUGCUUCUUCGAUAUUCUUCAUACAUAUCAACAAGAACAAAAAGCUCUUAAAGAUGCUGGUGAUCAUGUUAGUGGUAUUGGUACAGCUGCACCUAGUGCAUCUGGUUCAAAAUUGAGUGAAGCUGAAAUAUAUACUAAAGUUGCUAAACUUUUCGAAAAUCAAGAAGAUCUUCUUGCUGAUUUUCUAAAAUUUUUACCUGAUCCUGGUUUUUUUCUACAUCAUUUAUAA